AUGCUCUCAGCCAGGGAACCCAGCCCAGAAAUCAUCGACGUUCGCAUUGCGGACGGCGUCCAGACACCCGACAAUGACAGCGGAAGCGCGGAUCUUCGCGAACAGAUCAUCCAAGGGUUGAACAAGCCCGAAGGCGCUAAGACUUUGCCGACAAUGCUCCUCUAUGACGAGCUCGGAUUGCGCCUUUACGACGCAAUCACGACAGACUGCCCUGAGUACUACCUUUUUGCCGCCGAGGAGGAAAUCCUCAAGGAGAACUCGGAUGAGAUCGUACGCCUCAUGCACGCUCGCGAUGGCGAGGCAGACGUGCAUGUCAAGCCCGUCGUCCUUGAACUGGGAGCAGGGGCGCUUCGUAAGACUUCGCAUAUUCUCUUAGCCUUAUCGAGGUUGGCAGCCUCUUCGACCAACUCCCCGAUUGAUAACGAGAAAGACCAUAUUAUUUACUUUGCACUGGACCUUGAGAAGCGUGAAUUGGAACGCACACUCUCGGAGCUCAUGGAAAACUACGGCGAUCAAUUGUCUGGCAAGGUUGCCGCAAAGGGAAUGUGGGGUACGUAUGAUGGUGGCCUGAAAUUCGUCGAGGAAGGCGGCCUCGCCGCGAAGAUCGAAAUCGUGGACUCUUCCGAGGAGGGUUGUCACGAUUAUAUUGACAAUGCAAAUAGGCACAGUCCGAGUGCCUAUCAUGAUAGCAAACGUAAGUCGUCGGGGGAUGAAUCGCCUCAUUCUUCGAGUACACCUCUGCAUAUACUUUUCCUGGGGUCGUCUAUCGGCAAUUUCGAUCGCGAAUCAGCUACGUCUUUCCUUCGCGGCCUUCCGUUGAGACCAGGCUCUGGCGAUACACUUCUUCUUGGUCUGGACCACGAUAACGUGAAGGAUCAAAUAGAAUUGGCUUAUAAUGAUCCGAAGAAUAUCACAAAGGACUUUAUUAUGAAUGGCUUGAAAAAUGCCGGUCGGAUGUUAGGCAAGGAGGACUUGUUCAAAGACAGCAAUUGGGAAUACUUCAACCGCUACAACGAAGCAGAGCGUCGCCAUGAAGCCUAUUACAAGUCAACGACAAAUCAGAAGCUCGAGAUUCCUGGCUCUAACGAGGUCAUAUCCUUCCUAGCCAACGAGCUAGUGAAUGUAGAAGUAUCAGUGAAAUUCUCGGAUAAGGAUGCAUAUACUAUGUUUACGAAAGCCGAACUCCGUCCAAUGAUGCGCUGGACAGACUCAGCAGGAAAAUAUUCUUUAUGGCUACUUGAGCGUCCUGCCUUCACAUUCCCACUCCUCGAAUCGCCUCAUCCAUUUGGAGUCCCCACUCUAGACGAUUUUAGAACGAUAUGGAAGGCAUGGGAUACCAUUACCAUUGGCAUGAUUCCGCGGUCCAUGCUUUUUACGAAACCCAUUGACUUGCGUCAUAUCUGCCUUUUCUAUUUGGGACACAUACCGGCUUUCCUGGAUAUUCAUCUUAGUAGGCUUCUGGGAGAGCCGCACACGGAACCGGAAAAUUUUAAGGAUAUCUUUGAGCGCGGCAUUGAUCCGCAUGUGGAUGAUCCUUCUCAAUGUCAUCCCCAUUCCGAAGUCCCGCAAAAUGAGGAAGACUGGCCUAGUCUCGAGAGUAUUCUUAACUUCCGCGAUCGUGUGCGGGCCCGACUUUCCCGACUUUAUGAUGACCUUGGGACUGGGAAACGUCAACUGACGAGGAAAAUCGGACGUGUCCUCUUCAUGACUCUGGAGCACGAAGGGCUUCAUGCCGAAACCCUGCUAUAUAUGCUUUUGCAGGGCGCGGGUAAACCUGGUGGAACUCUGCCUCCUCCGGGCUUCACAGUUCCGCAUUGGGACGCGCUCGCGGAGCAAUGGAGCUCUACUCCGAGUCCCGCUGAGCCGACAGUUACUCUUGGAUCCGCGGAGAUUACGCUGGGCCAUGACGACCCGGAAGAGUUGGACGAGCAUCCGGCGUUUAGAGCUAACCUUGAUAAUGUGGAAUUCGGUUGGGACAAUGAGCAUCCGAAGCGAGAAGUCCAUGUUGAUGAGUUCCGGAUUGAGUGGCGUCCGGUUAGCAAUGGAGAAUUUUACGAGUUCUAUGAGCAUGGCGGUAAAGACCUGGUCAUGCUACCCGCGAGUUGGGUUGAGAUUGACGGAGAAGUCCAGGUCCGCACUCUGUUUGGACCACUUCCGAUGAGGGUUGCACAGUCCUGGCCCUUGCUAGCAUCGUACGAUGACCUUUCGAAGUAUGCACAAGUGAAAGGUGGACGCCUCCCCACUGAAGCGGAACUUCGCCUAUUCUUUGACAAGUUUAAGAGUGGCUAUGAAGGUGGUGCGAAUUGCGGAUUCAGGAAUUGGCACCCGGUCCCAGCGACGACGGGUGGUGUGCGGAAUGGAGGGAAGGGACACAACGGAGGUGUUUGGGAGUGGACAUCAACUGUAUUUGAUAAAUAUGAUGGUUACGCGCAGUCGAGACUUUAUCCAGGCUACUCAGCAGAUUUCUUUGACGGAAAACAUCGAGUUGUGCUUGGAGGCUCAUACGCUACGAUCCCUCGUCUGUCCGACAGACGUUCCGUGCGCAACUGGUACCAGCACAAUUACCCGUACCCUUGGGUCGCUGGAAGGAUCGCAUACGACAAGUGA